AUGUCGCAAAGCCAUGCGCUCUCCGACGACCAGGUCGCGGGCGAGCUCCGCAAAAUGACCGCCUUCAUCCGGCAAGAAGCGCUCGAGAAGGCGCGCGAAAUCCAGCUCAAAGCCGACGAGGAGUUCGCCAUCGAAAAGUCCAAGCUCGUCCGCCAAGAGACCGCCGCCAUCGACACCCUGUACGAGAAGAAGUUCAAGCAAGCGUCCAUGUCGCAACAGAUCACGCGCUCCACGCUCGCCAACCGCACCCGGCUCCGCGUGCUCUCCUCGCGCCAGGAGCUGCUCGAUGACCUCUUCCAGCAGGCCCGUGAUAGCAUCUCCGGCAUUGCGACCAAGGACGCGAAGAAGUACCAGGCUGUGUUGAAGGGGUUGAUCUUGGAGGGACUGUAUGCUCUGAAUGAGAGUAAGGUUGCGAUUCGCGCGCGGGCGAAGGAUGGUGAUGCUGUGAAGGAGGCGAUUGGGGAGGCCGAGAAGGAGUUUAAUGAGGUUGUGGGUAAGGAGGUGUCGGUGGAGGUGGAUGAGGAGGAGCCGUUGCCGGAGGGAUCUGCUGGCGGUGUGGUCAUCCUCGGCGGCCAGGGCAAGAUCGAAAUCAACAACACCUUCGAGGAGCGGCUGCGGUUGCUGGAAAUCAGCGCCCUCCCGGCCGUCAGGGAGACGCUGUUCGGGAAGAACGAGAACAGAAAGUUCUACAACUAG